AUGCUUGGGGAAGAGCAGAUGCAGACGGACCCCGUCGGCCCCAGUAUUCUGGGCGAGCGGGUUGCCGAAACAGCCCGCGCGGGCGGUCCCGGACCUCACGAUGGAGAGCAGGACAAUAGGGAGUCGGCCGAAGUCUGUGAAACAGGCGAUAGACAAGCUGAAGCGGAUGAUGAACUGCCUGACGACGAGGACGUCAAGACCGACAUCUUUGCGGAAUUGCAUGCCAGGCUGAGGAACGGAAUCAGAAGCGAACAUGCGGACAAUAUCGACCUCGACGAAAUGGAAAACUCCUUGAACCUCGUGGGGAAAAGUUUGGAUAAAUGGGAGAGGAACGAUUACUGCUACAAACACCAGUCCAAAUUGUUCAACAGCUGCCUUCAGGUGAUCGAAGUCGUCCGGACAAUCAAGACUCAACUAUCGGAAUCUCAACUAUCGGAAUUUGAAUACCUCGACAUCUACCGGGACUUUGACGGGUUUCUCAGCGAAGAAACAUUGAGGAGUAUCAAUGCAUCCAUGCUCGAUUCGGCUCUGACGGCGUAUGCACGAGAGUUACGAUCUCCUCCGAAUGUGACUGCUAUCAUAUUCGCCGGCAUCGGACGUGGCCUACGCGACCUUCAACCGGUCAACGACGCACUCCGAGUGAAUUUCGUGGGCAACGCUGUCGAAGAUCUUGACGCGACGCUUCAUCAGGUGUAUAGCAAAAGGUCAAAGGGUACAACCGCCCAGCGGCUUUAUGCGCCGGUCGUCGCCCUCUUGCAAUCUUCCGGCAGUGGUAAGACCAGGACUGCAAUGCAGCUUUCCACAAAACAGAUCGGUCUGUAUCUAUGUGUGCGACAUCCUCCACCACCCGGCUGCUUAGUGUCUGCCCCUCCACAGGAUACAUGGGCAUACGACUGCCUGGUCCCGAGGUCGCCUGCGGAAGAGAAGCAGAUCGAUGCUACUAUCAACGUCGGAAGUUGGCUCUGGGCCUUUGCGACUGAGUACAAAACGUGGCUGGAGACCCAACGGAAUGAACUUUUUGCAGAGCACCAAAGCGGAGAAAGCGGAGAAAUAGAUUGGCCAAUGUUGACCAGGAACGCCGCGGCCACUCUCCUCGACGACAUUGUACCGGGAUUCCGAAUAGGAGGGUCGGCUAGCUCCACGCGGUCUUCACCGGCUGGACGUCAUUCUCCUCUCGCAGGAGCCCCGGCCUCGCCCAACAACACACGCUUGAGCGUGCGUGCCACGUUGCUCAAGGGUAUAAAGGUCUGUGCGGACAAGAAGCGGUUGGAAUAUCACGAACUGGCGAGGUCCCACGAAAACAAGCCUGAUAGCGCAGCAGCCAGCGGCGACCCUUACAGCUAUAUUUUGUCACAACUGACGGAGGCUUUCAAAGCGCUGCAGGACUUGAUCCCGGAUGGCCACUAUUGCUUUCUCGCGAUAGACGAAGCCGCUUCUAUGGGUUCGCUACGUCUGACCGAACUACGUCGGUGCCUGAGCCAUCAAGUAUUCCCUAAGUUUCGUGUUCUCUUGUUGGACACCAGCAACAAGAUCACCGAACUCACUGGAAUGAAUAUCGAUCACCGAGAUAGCGGCGAGAGCGUUGGCAACACCAAAGUACCACAGUCAUAUCGCAUUUCGACGGGAUCAUUAGAAUUGGCGCCACCUUUCACCCGGUUCCCUCUCAAUGUCAAUCUCUGGGGCAAUGAAGAGAAGGCCUCAAGAUACCGCUCCAUCGUGACAGGCGGUGUCAAAGCCUCCUUUGAAGACGUUCAUAGUUUCCUACCUCUGAUGGGCAGACCUCUCUUGAAUGACAGAUACUGGCGCGAGGAGCCAGGCCUAGGGUCGUUGUACAACAAACUGGUCGCGUCGACCAAGGCGCAUACUGCCCUUACAGCUCCUGUCUUGACGGAUCUCAAAAAUACCGAUGUCAUGAGCCGUGCUAUCGCUGCAGCUUGCCAGAGGCUGCCCCUCGAUUUGAUUGGCGUUCGAGGCGCACAGGCUCAUUCGAGUUUUUUGCUGAAGCAGGUAUCGCUUCAUAUGAGAACUGUACUACACGUGGCAAUGUCCGGCGCAGAGAUAUCCUCUCAUACACCCUCUGAGCCACUGCUAAGUUUGGCCGUGGCAUACGAAUUUACCAACAACCCCGACCAGCAUUGGUCGGACGUCAUCGAGCAGAUCACACUCUCGGUUGAGGCGCAGCAUCUCAAACUCGGAGAGCAUGGAGAAGAGUUGGCUAGAACGCUACUCAGCUUCGCUCGGGACAAGGCGUUCGCCAAGCGCAAAGAAAACCUGACACGGGAAAUUCCAUUGGGUUGCAGUUUCAUAAGCGUGACCGAAUUCCUCGAGAGUCUGUUGGGUUCUAAACUGGCAUCAGAGACCACCGCCAAAUCCUGGGCUGAUACGCAUUGGAUCAACUUCACUCAUUUUUCCCGGCGUCACAUAAAAUACACCCCAAGCGAUCCGGCGUCUGAGACGCUCCUGGUUGAAGCUUUUAUCAAGAAGACUGCAAUACUCGGGGUUGUGAAUCAACAGGACGUCGAUGCUAUCAUUGCGGCCUACUUUUCCCCUCAUCGUCCGAAAUCUGGAGACAUCUUUAUACCCGGUCACGUCGAUGCAAUGGGGAUCCAGGUGAAGAACAUCUUAUUCCAGAGUAUCAACUCGGACAGCUCGGGCGCGCAGAAGGAUCUUUAUCAAUGUUUCGUGCCCCAGAACAGAGUAGCCGGGGAGGAUCAGCGCUGUCGAGGCUUCAAUCUUUAUAUGAGUUUGGCGGCGAGACCGGACUCGACGCAGGUUUCCGACAAUGCUACCAACAGUCCAUGUGUUCUCGUCAAAGGAUGUACCGCGGAUCAGUAUCCUUUGAUCGCGCAGCUCAGGCCUUCAGUCGCGGACAAGCUGGGCGUCUUUCUCGGGCGAACCGAACGACUCGUGGAGGAAAUGGAGGAGCGGUUCGGUAAGGAUACAUACACCGCUUUAUGUUUUUCGGGUCGAGAGUUCGCGUUGGAAGACGAGCUGCGUGCAAACGCUAGCAAGGAGUCGUCUCGCCAGAGCAAGGAAGGCGUGGCCGACCAGAAAGACGAGGACGACAACGCAGCAGUUGCCGUUGGCACGGGCGACGAGGCGGGUGGAGUGGGCGAGACGGGCCGACACGCCAACGCAGGCAAAGCGGGCGAGACAAGCAGAGGGGAGGCGAAUCAGGGAAUGAACAAACGCAAACGAGAGGCACACGACCAGACGACCUCGGGAAGCGACUCGGACACGUCAGGAGACCCCGCUUCAAAGAAAGCGAAAGGCCUCUAG